AUGUGGUUCGUGUCAUGCAAAAAAUGUUGGCCCAGACCUUUCCCUACACUAGUUCGUCUGAUGUCUCUCCUAGCACGUGUACAUCUCAGACCACCUUCGACAAAUCUCUCAAUUACUUUCGUCAUGAGCUGUUUAGAGUUAACUGGUAAGCACCGCGGCACCGCAAACUACUCUGUGCGUUGCAUAAGUUUGCUAGACAGAAAAUCUCUCAGUCAAGUUACACCAUGUCCGUUGGGGGCCUAUAUGCCGCCCUCUAAGAUAUCUUCCAGGUGGGCCUCCGAGAUUGCGAAAUCAACAUGGUUGAACUCGCCCCGGUUACAUCCCGCCGGUACAGAGUUGAGCCAAGGUGUCACUUUGCCCCUCUCUGCCUUCUUCGCUAAGUUCGCUUCGACAGGUCUCCAUUUCUCUGUCACGAUUUCCUAUUGCAAUCCGCACUGUCCCCCAACGCUUCGACUGCUUUCCCCCGAUGAACCCGGUUGA